AUGCACCCCUUUUCUAUCCUCACCCUUGGGAUCUUUGUCGCGGGCUACAUCACCGCCAGGUGGGACUUAGUCACCCGUCUCUACGAAUUGGCCAUCUUCGCCUGGGAUCACGGUGUUGUGGAUGACAACAUGCUCAUGAGCGAUGGCUUGUUGCGGGUAUUUUGGCCAUAUGACCUUCCCCGAUCGACGGCACCGGGCGUGAUUGUCGGCUGGCGCAAUUCGGAGCUCGACGUAUUCGUGCUCACAGUUUUGGAAGAUGUCGAGCCGCGCAAUGUUGACAAUGCCCUGCGUGCUGGAAUCCUCUUUCGAAAUGCUCCCCAUCCGAUCGUUCGCAUUUUCACUCUCUGUGGGCGGUCCCAAAUGCAUGUUCUCGGCUCAACGAACUCGGGCUCUCCUUCGACCCCGUUCAGCCCUUCCCAUCUCUACGUGAAGACACCUCCGUCAUCAAAGACGCCACAGAUAUAUUGUCCCUCGGAAGCGAACAUCUCAGUCCAAGUCAUCAUGUAUGAUCGCCCGCAUCCGACCCGCAUGGAGUAUAUGUCUUUGGAUCCGAUUUCUCUGGCUCUCGGGGAUAAAGCGAAUGCGACGGAGAAGGAUAGCUCGAUAACCAACAAUAUUGAGUCGGAAGAGGAACGAGAGAAAGCUCGAUCUCGAGUCUUGGUUGAAAAGCUCAAACUACACACAGUUGUCAGGCACAUUCCGUCUCAGAAGGAGCAGGCCCUUCCCUUGAUCAUCAACCAGGUCAAUUGUGCCUAUGAAAUGGCACAGUUGAUGCACAAGAACAGCCACCUCAUCGGAAUCCGUGCCAAGCGGAGCAUGAGCGUUGGAGAGCGCGUCGUCGAAUCCGCAACGACUCUGUGGGGGUUCAUUGUUCUAUGCAUCGCUCAUGUUUUCUGGCAAUGGAUCUGGCCGGUUGUCACCCGAAUAUUUGUGAUAGGGCUUGUGGGUCAUCGAUCUGUUGCCGAAGUCGUCCUUCAAAUUCUUGAGUGGCGGGCUCGACCUGAUGCUGCUGCCCUGAAAGAUAUCUCCGCAACCGCCCAACAGGUUGACAUACGGUUACAGCAAUUUUGCUACUGGCCUAUCCAAUAUGUCAAACUUCGGCAGAGAAAGGACAAUUGGGAAAGUGUGACAACCAGCCAUCCGGAUUAUAUUCGGUUCUAUAACAGUCUGUGGCUUGUUGCCAACGAUGUGAUCAUCGGCAUUGCCCUUGGGUCAUAUAUCAUUGACAAUGCGAACUGGGUUGCCUCCCAAAUAAACACUGUGCUUACUGGUUGGACUGUGGAGGGGUUGCAACGCACCAUUUCCUGGUUGAUGGACUGGCCCGCUGGCUUGAAGCUGAACAACGAGCUUGCAGCUUUCCUAGGUGACCUCUUCCUAUGGGUGAUUGAGAACUGGGCUGCCUGCAUCGCCAACCUCCAACCGUACCUACCGCAUGUCAUUUACGUUGUUGGCUGCUCCAGCUUCGCCGGUGCCAGCAUGCCUAUUGCCCUCUUCUCUGAUCUUCUUUCGAUCCUCACCGUCCAUAUCUAUUCCUUCUACAUCGCUUCUGCCCGCAUUUUCAACUGGCAGCUCACCAUCAUAAUUUCUCUCUUCCAUCUGUUCCGCGGGAAAAAACGCAACGUCCUGCGAAACCGAAUUGACUCAUGCGAUUACGACCUCGACCAGCUCUUGUUGGGAACCAUCUUAUUCACCGUCCUCUUCUUCCUUCUGCCCACCGUCAUCGUCUUUUACCUCACCUUUGCAUCCGCCCGAAUGUUGAUCAUCUCCAUGAAGGCUGGCUUUGAUACCUGUCUAGCAUUUUUGAACCACUUCCCUCUGUUCGCAUUGAUGCUGCGCGUGAAAGAUUCAAGAAGGCUGCCUGGUGGCAUCCGGUUCGAGCUUCGGGAAGAACACGACAAGAACGCAGCGGGCACAAUGCCCUCAACCGCUUCUUAUAUUCAUCUCGAGUCCAUACCCCUGCCACUGCGUGCCAUGUUUGACCAGUAUUUCCAGCUGGGCCAUCGACUCCGCAAGCACUAUUUAGCUCCCCGCGUCAUCUUCUGCCUUAUGACUGGCCGCUUUGUACCGCCCAUCCACCGCCGAAAUCUGUACAGCAUGCAGUAUAGCAUGCUUCCUGCUCGUCGAGCGGGCAUGGUUGAGGUUUGGUCGAUGCUGACCCAGCCCAAGAAAGGCAGCAACGGGGGCAGUGGCUCAGCCUCUAUCGGUGGAGGUAUGAGCACCCUCGGCAAUCCGGUUCCGAAAGUCCCGCUGAACUUUGGGCAGGGCGAUGUUCGAAGACGGAGCCAUCGCUGA